AAUGGUGUCAACGUGUCCCAAGCGACCUGGAAACCCCGGCGUGCUCAUACUAUUGACACUACCGUUGCUUCUAUUGGGUGCUAUCAAAAUCAAUUGUGCAACGCUCCCUGACAACAGCACGGAUGUGCUCUGGCUGCAAGCUUUCAGACAUGAGAUCAUUUCUGAUCCCUCUGGAUGGUUCAGCUCUUGGAACUCCAGCGCCAAUCACUGCUUGUGGCCGGGAGUGAGAUGCAGCCGAGCACAUCUAGGGCGCGUGGUGGCUCUCCAACUCGUUGGCCUAAACCUGGCUGGCCAAAUCAGCUCUUCCAUUGGGAACCUUACAUUCCUCAGAACCCUGAACCUAUCCACAAAUGGUUUUUCUGGCCGAUUACCUCCUCUGAACCAUCUGCAGAAACUCCAAGUCCUCGACCUAAGCGUCAACCAGUUGCAGGAUAGUAUCCCAGAUGCAAUCACCAACUGUUCCAGCUUAAGGAUAGUGGACCUAGCUAAAAACAUCUUGGUAGGCGAAAUCCCUCCAAAAUUAAGCCUCCUUUACAACCUCUCACAUUUACGACUUUCUCGGAACAAGCUCACCGGGAUCAUCCCACCAACCCUCGGAAACAUCACGAGCAUACAAAGACUUGUCCUUUCCUACAAUAAUCUAACUGGAAGUAUUCCUGAUGAGCUUGGGAAACUGACAAAUAUGAGGAAUGUGGCCCUAGGAGGAAAUAGGUUGUCAGGUGGAUUCCCACGGUGUCUCUUCAACCUUUCUAAAUCUCUUCAAGUACUAGCCUUGGAGUCGAAUAUGCUAAGCAAGCAACUGCCACCUAAUAUAGGAGAUGCCCUACCAAACCUCCAAGAGCUUUUUUUGAAUACCAACGUGUUUGAAGGUCGAAUUCCGGCUUCACUGGGCAAUGUUUCGGGGCUGGGAAGGAUACAGUUAGAAAUCAACAAUUUAACUGGCGAAAUUCCGAGCUCUUUGGGCAAACUUUCAAACAUGUAUGUGUUAAACCUUCGGAAUAACAAUCUUGAAGCUAUUGACAUCCAAAGCUGGGAAUUCUUCAGUGCGUUAACAAACUGCACUAGUCUUGAAUGGUUGUCACUAGCUGAAAAUCAGCUACACGGAGCUAUACCAAACACGAUAGGUAACUUGUCCAGUAUCCUCGAUUAUCUAUAUCUUGGUGGAAACGAGCUUUCGGGCACGGUUCCGCCAAGCAUAGGGAACCUAAGGAACUUAACUUUUUUAGGACUUGGCAAUAACAAUUUAACUGGUACACUUGAAGAAUGGAUUGGGAAGCUAAUAAAGUUAAAACACCUUAACCUGCAAAUGAAUAGCUUCAUUGGGCCAUUGUCAUCGUUCCUUGGCCAGCUUACUCACUUGAUCGAUCUUGAUCUAGGAAACAAUAAAUUUGAAGGCCCCAUACCAUCUAACAUAGGGAACUUGCAACAACUCUCGACUUUGAACCUUAGCUCGAACAAUAUUCAGGGUGACAUACCUACUCAGCUUGGCAGCAUCACAUCGCUCACCCAUCUAGAUCUUUCAUCAAACAAGCUUACGGGGAGAAUUUCCUGAUACUCUGUCCAUAUGUCAGAGCAUACACACCAUGCAGAAGGCCAAAACUUUCAGUACAAUCAAGGAGUAGAGUGGAUUAUCUGAAGAAAGAGCUGGAGGUAAACUUUGUAUGUAUAGACUAAAGAGGUGUCGAAGAAACACUAAGCUUAACAUUGUUUGACACAAAAAAAGGCAUAUUGGACACUCAUACAAGAUAUGAUAGAGUCUCAUAUAGACUAAAGAUAUGUAACCAUAUACUCUUAUCUCUAUCUUUCUUCUCCCUCAAGUUGUAAUCUCCCAACUGUAUGCGCUAUCCAGGGAGGUGCGCCCCUGCCUAUAAACAUGCACGGCGUCCCCUCUCGAUGAGGUAAGACACUUUCGCCUAA